ACUAUUCAUACAUAACAACAAAAGGCUAAAAAUAGAUCAGACAUCUGCAACAUGUGGACAGCAAGGCCUAACAGAGGAAACAACACAGACUCCUCCUGCCUCCCUUACAGCAGGAAAGCGAUGGCAUCAGAAGCCGAGACAUUCUGGCUCCAGUGGGUUGAGGCAUCGUUCCCUGACCUCGGGUCUCGCGCCUACUUCCUGCCUCCUGUCUACUUUAACCGCGUGCCGAGGACCAGACAGUCGGUUGCUGGCCAGGAUGUUCUGGUCCUUCAAACAUCUACAAAUGCCGAUAGGUCUAAUCAGCCGGCGAUGACGUCACUAGAGGCAGCUCAGUCGGCUGUGACGUUACUAGAUGUAGCACAGCCGGCGAUAACGUCACUAGAGGCAGCACAGUUAGAUAUAACGUCACUAGCUCAGUCGGAUGUGACGCCACUGGAAACAGCUCAGUCGGAUGUGACGUCACUGGAGGCAGCACAGCUGGAGAUGAUGUCAGUAGAGGCAGCACAGCUGGAUAUAACGUCACUAGAGAUGGCUCAGUUGGAUAUGACGUCAUUAGAGGCAGCACAGCUGGAGAUGACGUCAGUAGAGGCAGACCAGCCGUCUCUUUCUCAGCCUGAUCCUGUUCGUGAUAGUGACGUCAUACAAGAUAAAGCCAUGCACAGGGUUCUCGUCUGUCUUCAGGGUAUGUCUGAACACAGGAAAGAAGUUUUUGUGGCAAUGAGCCAGUGUCAGUUCGGAGAGUACGUGGGAGAAACGUGCUACGCUGCCGCAGCUGCACAGCUACCCCUACCCGCCAGCCUGCCCCCCUCUCUGCCACGGAACUGGAAGGAGGGAGGAUCGAAUGUGCUUCUCAUUCAUCGACAUUACGGUCUGGUCGUGUGCGAGGUGACUGCGUUUGGUGACAAGGUAGACAAACUAAAUACAUCCCAGCAGGAUAUAGACAACAACAUUAGACAGAAACUGAGAGACGCCGUGUCACAGCUGGACAAGGCGGAGGCCAUGUUGUCUCACCUGGUGUCCGACAUCGCACCCGGUCUGCGCAUCACUAAGGUCAUCGCCGUCCCCAACCUCACGGCUCACGAGGUGCAACAGACUGUUUCUGGUGACACCCAGCUGAUUCAGGACCUGUGUCGGUGUCUGGGAACUACAGACCCCGCUGACGUCACUGGUCUGUGUCUGUGCUCUGAUCAGUUGUCUGACCCCAAGGCACCAUGGGACGUCAACAGAGAAGUCCUUAGGGAGCUUGGCAACUGGUGGCAGCGACGUGUGGCUGGGGCUGGACCUGACAGUCACGUGACCGGGGACUUGUAUAAGAUACUCGUAGCAAGGCUUUGUGGUCCGGCGACAACAGUGACUGUCCCAUGCACAUCUCCCCCACGACUGAGUAUCAAGACCCUGGGUCAGGCCGUGUCACAUACAGGAGAGUGCUACACUGCUGUAAUCACACUCUACCCGGAGCAAGUUCACCUGCUACACACGGCUCCUCCCAGACUCUUUGUCACCGGACCCCCCGGCACAGGUAAAAGCGUGAUGUUGCUGCUGAUGGGCACAGAAUGGCUGAGAUGUGGUCACGAUGUCUAUGUUGUCAGCAGCUGGAUUGAGACUCUGGCAGCGAGCACCAUGUUGUUCCAUCUGCUGCUGACGACGGUGGAGAAGCUGCGGAGAGCAGGACAGUCGCCCGGACAAGUUCACUUCCUGAAGUAUGAUGGCGAGCAGAGCGUGGAUAAGAUGGUCAACGACUUGUCACAGCUGGCAAAGGAGGACACGUUGCACGUGCUGGAGGACGAAGUGUCAGGGGGGAACUUAGCGAGGUACUGUGACGACCUACUGAGGAGAAUUCCUCGUCUCCAUCAUUGGGCGGCGAGUUGUUUCCAUGGACUCGCCUCCGACAAUUGGCAAAAGGAAUAUUUAACCAGACCUCUCCGCUCUCCGCCGGUUGUCGUCAGGGAAGUACAGAAGGACGAGCACAUUACUAGAAUGGAGGAUGUCGUGCCGUACAGUCAGCGUGGUGUACCCGACCACACAGACGGCCCGCCUAUAAGGCUACUGUGUCACCGAGGUCAGGGUCACUCAGGUGACUUGCCAGUUGACUGUGUCACGUGUGGUCGUGAGGUGGCCAGCUUCCUACACAGUCUCCGUGUUGGUGUUACAGAGGAGGUCGUGGCAACAAGUACGACCGCGAACUCCAUCAGCAGCUACCCAACGCCACCCUGCCUACGGUGGAGAGACGUGGUGGUGUUGUGGUGGAACCCCCUCAGUGAAAGCUCGGGUUUUGUCACGGGGCUGAGAGAUGCGGGUAUCCCAGUGCGGGUGAUGAAGGCUGAUGACGAGGAAGACGUGGAGGACAUGGCCAUGGCCCGCAGUGAUGUGGUGUGGGCGGCGGAGGGAGGUCUUGUUCAGGGUCUGGAGAGGAAAGUGGUUAUCUGUUUCAAGCCUUAUCAGGGCUGUGUAUUUUCUCUCAGACUUCACUUCAUGUCUCGCUGCGCCUCACAGCUUGUAUUUCUCACCCUCUGACAGCCAGCCUCCUGAACACUCCUCACACUUUGUCAUCUAAGUGUGUUUGUCUUUCUUACACCAUCACCUUCCUCCUCUAUUUUUUCUACCUUAGAUAGUCGUAACGAUGGACUGAUGUAAGUUUACUGGGAAAUUAUUGCUAACAUUUAUUGUGUAUUUUAUAGUAUAAAUUUCGUUAAUAUUAUUAAACAUAUACAGACCUACAAAACAGGUAGAGCUGUGUUGUAAAAAUAAAAACAUGUCUACCUGUACACAAGUA